CAUCUCUCCACCUGACCCUGAUACACAGGGCUCACGCCCGCCAUGUUGAAGCCUUUCCAGAUCAGAAACCUUAGGGUGUCUGAGCAGGAGCUUGCAGACUCUCGUUCUCCUUCUGGUGUCGUCCAGAUUUCAUCUACCGAUUAUGAUGAUUUGGCGACUACUCAUCCACGCGCCAGGUUGACCUACAUCGAUGAAGAUGAAGAUGAUGAUGAAACAAUUACAGUUGGAUCUGCUCUCGAGCUCUCUCAGCGCCUUGAAGAACCUCCAGAGAUCAACACGCGGCUCGAAUCCAUCCAAGUAUCCCACAACGCCACUCCGAUACACAUUUUUGACAUCCGUCGCUCGAACUCUGUAACUGAGCUCUGGAAGCGAUAUGAGUGCGACACAAGAGAACAAGAGUCUUCUAAGAAAGAAAAGAGCGAUGCGCCGGUUGUGCCCCAGGCCGUUGUCCAAGAAGAAGUCCCUGCUGCUACCAGUCCAAAGUUGCCACCGGCACCCGAAGGGGAGUCCCGGUCUCUGAUGGAAGCCUUCGAGGCUGAGCUAGCAGGCAUUCUCAAUGCUGCUGAGCCCUCGGGUACUAGAGGAGGACCCCAACCGGACUCACAACCUGCUGAGCCGUCAGCCAGCACGUCCUCGGAACGGCCUACUCAUCCCGUUGAGGUUCUGGCGGCCCAGGUGCUUGAUCAGUUGAUCAGUGGAGCGACCAUGGUUCAGUCUGAAUGGAGAGCAAGACUGCCAGAAGUGCAGCGUCAACUACAUAAUGCUCAAAGACAAUUUGAGACUGCACAGAGAUCCCUUCCUGCUAAUGUCGAAGCAUCAUUACGCACACUCCUGAAUACCCUCGAGGCUCAAGUGAGAGCUGCUUUUAGUAGUAUCCCUGAUGGUGGAAGACAAUUCGCAGAAGAUGCAUUCCACAGGGGAAGACCUGUUGCGGAGAAUGCCGCUGACGGGUUGCGCAUGAUGGCCUCGGAACUGAACGAGGCAGGAAGAACAUUAUUUGCCGCGUUCGAAAACGAGUUUGGGCGAGCUAGACCCGCUCCCUCUUCCACAUCUGGCACGCCAAACACUAGUGUUCCUGGGACAUCUGAUGUUAAUGCCAGUGCUGCAGAAAAUGGGCCUGUCUCAUCGGGGCCUGUCUAUCCUCAGGUCCCAGAAGUGCAUUCCCGGGCCUCACCAAUGACCGAGAAACCAUCGGGUCCGGCUCCGGGUAAUUGGAACCCUUCGGAUGUCAAAGGGAGUCAUAAGGCUCCUGCAUUAAAUUCUGCGGUUUCUCAAGGCUCAUAUGGACAAAUUCCGCAACCUACACCUUACCCUAUGGAGAACCCGUACGCCACCAUCCAACAUAGUCCAUAUCAUCAGUCACUCCAUCAACAUCCUCCAUAUUAUCUUCCACCGUCUCCCGACGUGUCUCACCGUCCCUAUUAUCAGGCACCACUGGCACAGCCCCCAAAUUUCCCUUCCUGGCCGCAAUGGCCGCCUGCAUUCCCACCGGCCAGAUUCAACGGGCCUUCUCAUCCAAGACAAGCACCAGCCAACCUUGUAAACUCUGAUGGAUCGGAAACUAAAUCGUUGUUCAUCGGAAAUGUCGGAUUCAAGGUCACUCAGAAGAUGAUCCAGGAUGUGUUUGCUUCCAAGGGCUUUAUUGUCGAAGUUGAUCUCCCAAUGGAUAGUGCAUCGGGGAAACAUGCAGGCUUUGGCUAUGUCCAUUUCCUGGGUCUCAUCCAGCAUUCGCUGCAAUGGAAGUAUUGCAAGGUGCUCUCAUCGACGGUCACUCCAUCAACCUGGAGCCUAUGCACCACCCAAAUACUGAAAUAG